AUGACCGAACAUCGUUUUGCAGCAGUCUACACGCUGACCGGGACGUGCGGAACCCUGGAGUCGCCGUCCGCCGUUGUGCCAGCCGUGGCCCACCUGACAGCCAGCAUCUCGAGCUACAGACCGCCACCGCCACCGCCGCCGACAGGGCCAGGGGAGUGGGAUGGGUGCGCCGGAGCCGUGACGGAGCUCCGACACCUCACGUGGAGCGAGUCCAGGGAACUCAAAAGGGAACUCGGUUGCCGGAUCGCUGCUGACUGUAUCGACUCCUGCCUUCUGCAGGGGUCAUACGACAUGGAAUGGAACAUGACAGCGCUGCAAAGUUCUCAUUUGAGGCACCCUAUCCUGUCCCAGUCACUGUAUGCUGUUCGCCGCAUCACAAGAGCCAUUCUCGCCAGAGGACAAUGUGAGCAGUAUCAUCGACCUGAUUUCUUGCGGAGGGAUUUGAACAAAACUGAAUUACGAGACCUGGAGGUGGUUUACCGAGAACGUCUCUCCAACUACUGGCGAGACUACGCGCAGCUGGUUUCGUUUGGUGUGGCGCACGUCUCACAGCUAUUGGUUCCCCUCGCAUUCGAACAUAUGGGUAACCACAUGAGUGAGCAGAAACUCCACGGUUGGAUUAAGCAUGCGGAACGGGUGAAAGACAUGCUACACACGAAAUUAAGCGGAUGGGUACACGACAUGGAAUCCGUCAGCAAACAGACAGCGUACUACGAGACAGAAGAAGAUAAGGAGAGGCCUGGCUACUUUAUAUUCAGGCGACCGCUGUUGAAUGAUGGACUACUGAACUAUCAGCCGUCAUACCUUUCCUUUUACGAGGACUUAAGUGUGUUAUGCGAAGAGAGACAGCCAGAGGCAUCAAAAAUGUUUGGACUCGCCGACGCGCUCUACGCCUUCUCUCAUAGCUUCUGGUAUAAUACAGCAUGGCUCUUCAAUCAACGCCACGCGCAUUAUACCGAACCUGCGGACGAAGAGUGGCAGCUGGAAGACAGAAGCAACAUUACGCUCUCGGUGGAUACUAACUGCAUGCACCUAUUGGCGAACGCCCUGGAUCACCCCUCGUGUCCGCUGGAAGACCUGCCAUUGGAAGCCGUUAAGCAACACGAGCAGUGCCGUAUGCAACUGUGGGACGACAUGGUGGAGAGGUCGCCCCACAUACCUGUGACCAGCUACCUGGCCUACACACAAAGGGCAAACGUUAACCUCUGUCUGCUGGCCUGGAUGGCAGUCACUUCAUUCAGACUUUGUCAGGACAUCCCAUUUAGUAUUAUUCAAUCGGUGCACGAUGCUCGCUGCUAUUUUGAUUGUCCAGACGACCAGUCGUGUUUGGAAUCUAACGCUACAGAUGCCAUCUGCUCUGUUUCCAGAGCUAUUCUGUUGCUGAAGUGUCACGAUUUUUCCUCGUUUAAGCCUCCCGAGAAGUGUGGCGUCAGACUGUACCCAGAUGGAUCGUACUCAGCGACGUUUAAUAUAACGAAUCUUGUUGGCCGCGAAGAACAUCAAAUGCCAACAGAAGUAGCCCUGAACUACAAAAACAGUUUAAUCAGUGCCACUUUGAAAUACAAGGAUUUCAAAAUAGACCGCUUAAAGCCUUUAGAAACCUCAUUCAUAUCAGUAAAUAUUAUUUUCCGCUUUUUGACUGCCGCAAUGUAUGUGUACCUUCCCCACUUACGUAAUUUGCCUGGGAAGAUAUUUUUGUCGUUUCAGAUAACGGGUAUAAUCCAGAUUCUGUUUUCUGAGGUCGUAUAUCGUAUGGCAGGUUUCCCUGACUUAUCUACAGCAGUGUUGAUCGAUAGCGCCCUCACACUUCUCAGCUGUAUCUGGCUAAACUCAUUCUGCUACCAAAUGUAUGCUUGUGUUCGUCAUCUUAAGCUUCCUAACGACCUAUUGCCUGCCGAAGUAACUAAAGUAUUCCGUCUUCAGGUGCUGUGUACACUAAUACCAUGGAGUGUAGCAUGUGCGGCAACUACUGUUUUAGAAAAGACGAACAAAUAUUACCUGAUGCACAGUCGGAUAAUAUUCCUCGUAUGGAUUUCACUGUCAGUAGCUCUGAAUUUGUUUUUUAUUGGACUGGUGGGAUACAUUUACUUACGUAAUAAGAAAUCCAUGACUCAACUGAGAAUUCACAGUAACAAAAGAUAUGGCUCGAAAAAAGAGAUCGUUUUUAUGUUAGUUAAGAGUGUGUUCUUGAGCGGGAUAGGUGUGAUUAUUAGGAUAGGGUUUCACCAAGCACAAGGCGUAGCACAGUUUGUGUACUAUGUACAUAUAACUACGAUGAUGCAGGGACCACUGCUUUUCAUAUUUUUCAUUUGCAACGGUACGACGCUACCUGUACUCAAGAACAGGGUAUUAGCGUGGCUGAACCCAAACUUCAUCAUUCCAGAGCACGAGCUGUGUUCGACAGCUGAGAGAAAUCUGGAAAGGAGGAGAAAUGAGCAUUCUUUGGCUGCAAGAAACUCGUUGUAGUCUCCAUGAAUAUCCAUCUCAAAGGACUGUCUUCAUUGUAGACCAUGCUGAGGAUUAUGAUUAGCUAUAAAUAUGGAACCUAGCUGAAGGAACAAAAUUAACAGCGUCCGAUAACAUACUGUAAGUGACUCGGCUUUCUUAUUUAACUUUAUACACUCAUGCUCAUAAAUUAAGGAUAAUUGCAGAAUGUGGUGGCACACAACGUCGCACUACACAAAACUGGCGCUAAUAGCAUAGGCACAUAGGUAACACACACGACGCAGAUCUAUAAGUCCACGGUAUUGGUGAUAAGUUGACAAAACCGUCCCGAAACACACAUGCUACAAAACGCCACUGUUUCCUACGCAUGUACCCAACUAUCAAUAUGGGAUAUGAUCACCAUGCACACGUACACAGGCCGCACAACAGGUUGGCAUAUUCUGGAUCAGGUGGUCGAUCAGCUGCUGGGGUAUAGCCUCUCAUUCUUGCACCAGUGCCUGUCGUAGCUCCUGAAGUGUCCUAGGGGCCUGAAGACGUGCAGUGAUACGUCGACCGAGAGCAUCCCAGACGAGCUCGAUGGUGUUUAGGUAUGACGAAUAUCCAGAUCACCCCAUUUGCCUGAUAUCUUCUUUUUCAUGGUACUUCUCCUUGAUAGCAGCUCGGUAGGGCCGUGCGUUAUCAUUCAUCAAAAGGAAGGCGGGACCCAUACACCAAGGAAAUGGCGGACAUACUAAUGCAAAAUGACGUCCAGGUACACCUAACCUAUUACAGUUCCUCUGUCAAAGACAUGCAGGCGUAUACGUGCACCAAUCACAAUCCCACCUCACACCAUGAAACCACGACCUCCCUACAGGUCCUUUUCAAGGACAUUAAGGGGUUGGUAUCUGGUUCCUGGUUCACGCCAGAUGAAAACCCGGCGAGAAUCGCUGUUCAGACUAUACGUGGACUUAUCCGUGAACAUAACCUGGGACCACUGUUUCAAUGACCAUGUACUGUGUUCUUGACACCAUGCUUUAUGGGCUCUCCUGUGACCAGUGGUCAGUGGAAUGCACCUUGCAGGUCUCCGAGCGAAUAAACCGUAUCUGUUCAGUCGUCUGUAUCCUGUGUGUCUGGAGAUAGCCGUUCCAGUGGCUACGGAAAGGUCCCGAGCAAGGCUACCUGCAGUACUCCGUGGCCGUCUGCGGGCACUGAUGGUGAGUUAUCGGUCUUUUGUGGUGUUGUACACUGUGGACGUCCCGUACUGUAGCACCUGGACACGUUCCUGUCUGCUGGAAUCGUUGGCAUAAUCUUAAUAUCACACUUUGUGGCACACGGAGGGCCCGUGCACCGACCUGCUGUGUUUGACCAGCCUCCAGUCGCCCUAGUAGCCUCAUAACUUCAUCCAUAUAUAUUCUUUGGGCCGUUUUCAACAAAGAGUCACCAAUAGCACGUCUGAAACCAUCCGCACACUUACUCGCUGCAGCUUACUCUGACAAGCACCAACAAACCUCUGCGUAUGUGGACUGCUGCCAGCAGCACCGUGCCACGACUGCAGGUCAAAGGCACCGCAUGGUCGUAUCCCGAGGUUAUUUCAACCCGCAAACCGCCCACCAGAGCGUUGUUUCACCAUGUGUCAGCAUUAUCCUUAAUUUAUGAACAUGGGUGUAUUAAAUCAUGUUCUUAUUUGAACAUGGUAGCGUCUGUUUGUGUAUAGUACAGGACUCUAAUAAUUAAUUAUUGGCGUGAAAUGUAACCCGAAGUGAACGCAAAGUAUUAAAGAACGAUGUUACACGAAACUAGAGUAAUGGCGUCUAUGAGACGGGAUGUUGACUUGGUGAGUGAGAGAUACAUUAAGGUAUUGUAGAUUACGUUAAAAAGUAAUGUGUAAUCUAGAUGCUAGUCUUAAACAAGGAAGAACAUUAUGCAAAAAGGCCUUUGUACAAACAGUAUUCUGAUAUGAAGACUUGUACCAUGAUUUGAAAUACAAGAGCUUAUGUUCUUCGAGAAAUUAAACUAUAAUGGCAUAUAAUGUACAGCGUACACCGAGGUGACAAAAGUCAUGGGCUGCUUUACAAUAUCCAACCCAAAUGUUUACGAACCCAAGAGAGGCGCUACAGGCGAUGUCGUGUUGCUAGUAAAGGCAAUCGCUCCACUGUCCAAACGCAUAUGUUUAUCACCCGUCCUACGUUGAUUUCUGCAGUUUUUUGAAGCAAUUUCGCUUGUCUCUUAGCACUGAUAACCCUACGCACAACCGAGCGAGGUGGCGCAGUGGUUAGCACACUGGACUGACAUUCUGGAGGACGACGGUUUAAUCCCGCGUCAGGCCAUCCUGAUUUAUGUUUUCCGUGAUUUCCCUAAAUCGUUCCAGACAAAAGCCGGGAUGGUUCCUUUGAAAGGGCACGGCCGACUUCAUCCCCCAUCCUUCCCUAUUGCGAUGAGACCGAUGACCUCGCAGUUUGGUCUCUUCCUCCAAACAACUCAACUAACUCCUAUGCAAACGUUGCUACUGUCGGUCGUUAAGUGAAGGUUGCCGGCCAUAGCCUUGUCUGUGGUGAGAGGCAAUGCCUGAAAUUUGGUACUCUCGGCACACUAUCGACACUGAAUUUGCAAACGACCUCCGGAAGAGAAUGUCACAUGCGUCUACCUCUACAUUACUACUCUGCUCUCAAUCUCUUUUAAGCCCUGUCGUGCUGCCGCAAUCACGUCGGAAACCUUUACACACGAAUCAGCGAAGUAGCGGCAAUGCACAGCCCUUUUUAUUACCUUGCUGCUGUCCCAUGACGAUA